UUGAUUUUAAUUUUUAUUUACUUAUAAUUUUGAUUUUAAAUGGCUUUCCUCAAUUUUAUAACAGAAGGAAUUUAUAAUUUCAGAUGGUAUGCUGGAGAUAUGUCUCGACAAAAAUGUGAAAUUGUACUUAGAACUGAAAAUAAAGAAGGAACAUUUGUUGUUCGUAAUUCUUCUACAAAAGGAAUGUUUACACUAUCAUUGUUUACUAAAAAUCCUCAUCCUCAAGUCAAACAUUAUCAUAUUCGAACAAAUGCCAAAAUGGAAUAUUAUUUAUCUGAAAAACAUAUCUUCUCAAAUAUUCAAGAUCUUAUAUAUUAUCAUAAACAUAAUAGUGGCGGAUUAGCAACAAGACUCAAACAACCACCUAGUAGCCAAACAAGAACUGCUCCAACUACAGCAGGGUUAAGUCAUGAUAAAUGGGAAAUUGAUCCUUCUGAAUUAACUUUAUUGGAAGAAUUAGGAAGUGGUCAGUUUGGUGUUGUCAGAAAAGGAAAAUGGAGAGGUAGCACUGAUGUUGCAGUUAAACUUAUGAAAGAAGGUACAAUGUCAGAAGAUGAUUUUAUUGAUGAAGCAAAAGUAAUGACGAAACUUCAACAUCCUAAUUUGGUACAAUUAUAUGGAGUUUGCAGCAAGCAUAGACCAAUAUUUAUUGUUACAGAAUAUAUGAAGCAUGGAUCAUUACUGAAUUAUCUUCGAAAAUGUGAAGCUAGAUUAUGUCAAAAACCAGCAGUUUUAUUAGAUAUGUGCAUUCAAGUCUGCAGUGGAAUGGCAUAUUUAGAACUAUAUAAUUAUAUACAUAGAGAUUUAGCUGCUCGUAAUUGUUUAGUUGGAGAAGGAAAUGUUGUAAAAGUGGCAGAUUUUGGUUUGGCCAGAUAUGUUAUAGAUGAUGAAUAUACAAGUUCUGGAGGCACCAAAUUUCCAAUCAAAUGGGCACCACCUGAAGUAUUAGGAUAUACAAGGUUCAGCAGUAAAUCAGAUGUAUGGGCAUAUGGAGUACUUAUGUGGGAAGUAUUUACUUGUGGAAAGAUGCCUUAUGGUCGUGCUACUAAUGCUGAAGUUGUUGAACAAGUACAAAGAGGACAGCGAUUAGAAAGACCAAGAGCAUGUCCACGAGAAGUUUAUGUAAUUAUGAGGUCUUGUUGGGAAAAGCAUCCAGAAGAUAGGCCAUCAUUUAGAUCUCUAAAUCAACAGCUUGAAAAAAUUUUGGAAGAAAAGGAUUAGAAGAUAAAGUUUAGUAAUAAUUAAAAUAGUAAUAAUUUACAAGUUAUGAUUUUCCUGUUUUUCACUAAGAUGUAAAACAAUAUUUCUAAUGAUAAUAUGAAAAAGAUUUUUCAUAUUAUUGAUAUCAAUUUUUAUAUUAUUUGAGACAUAAUGAAGUGUUAUGCCUCAGAACUCAAAAUGCAAUUUACAUUAGUAUUUUAAUUGAAAAUAUACAUUAAUUCUAAAGAAAUAAUUUAAAAAGCAACUCACAACUUUUACAAAGAAUAUUACUAUAUUAUGGCAGUUAGUCAGCCAUACUAUAGUAGAGAUUGCCUUCUUUUUCCAUAACAUAUCAAUAUUCUUGUCUGUUCUUAAUUUUCCACUAUCAUUUAAUUAAAAAUAAGUAGUUAUUUUAUAAUAAUGCAUAAUUUUGUUAAAUUUUAAUUUAAAAUUCAUACUUUAUUUUGUAUUAAUUUAAUAAUGUA